CCACCAACCCAACAAAUGGUCGAUGCUGCCAUCAAAACAUUGAAAGAACGUGGUGGUUCCUCAUUGCCUGUCAUCAAGAAAUACUUUGCCAGCACAUACAAAGUUGAUGCUGUAAAAUUGGCCCCAUUCAUCAAGAAGUACUUGAAGAGCGCUGUUGCUAGUGGAAAAUUGAUCCAAACUAAAGGUAAGGGUGCCUCCGGUUCAUUCAAAUUGUCCCCAUCUGCCUCGAAGGAACCUAAAGCAAAGAGCGCCGAAAAGAAGAAGAAGGCCCCAGCCGGUGAUAAGAAAAAGAAGGCAGCAGCACCCAAAAAGGCUGCCGCAGCAAAGAAGCCAGCUGCC